ACAGGAGUCGAACAUGGAUGAACGGCAGAAAGAAAUGGAGCGAAGUAUUUCAGAAGCAAUGAAUGACGAACCACAUCCGCAAGCGAAGAUAGAAUGUCGCAAACGUGUCUUUCUUUUCAAUUGCGACAAAACGUACAGUUUAGACUCGGUGGGGAAACUGCUUCUUGACACGAAAGGCGAUAUAAGACAAGAACUCAGCUUCGACAUCGUCAAGACAUAUUUUCGCCUUUCUGAAAUGUCGCAUGUUGCUGAAAAAGCCAUUCCCAAACUGCAGAUGGAUGUUGCCUUUUUUGUGGUUCAUGCGAAUGAAUCUCGUAUUUCUAUAAACGAGGAAAAUGCUGGAAUCGGUUAUGCGAAGGUCUAUAAAGCACUACUUCAAGCUACAGAAGGAAAGGUUUUAAUUGUUAUCGGCGGAGACGAUCACUACAAGAAUAAAGGUGAAGAAGAGUCCUCUGUGAUAUCGCGUUGGGCCAUGGGAAAGGUCUCCUCUCAGUUUAAAGAGGGGUUUCUGAACGGAAAGAAAAGCUUCAUCUUUUCGUGGAACAAAACUCACAGAAAGAUUCACGAAGAAGCGCUAUUGCAUUAUUUUGACCCGAAUAAGAGUGGACAGAAGUUUGAAUGGAAGCCAAUUGAGCGGCCAAGAGUACCUCAGGAAACUCUUCCCAAGACACCCGAGACUGAAAAACUAGAAGCGAAGGAGCGUAAGCAAUUUACGGAUCGUCCACAUGCAAUGGAUGGGGCACACAGUUCAUCGGAGAACGAAGUGAGCCAACAAGAGUCUUCGUCGGAGGCAGUGUCUGUGUCGAAGGCGAUGUUUCAUGACAAAGGAGAUAAGUUAAAAGAACAGAGAAAAAAGGACACGGAGUGUGAAGAUCUUGGAGAUAACAGGAAUGGACCCUCGGAAGACUGCACCGGGACAAUCGCCUUAUUUACUUCUCAUUUACGCGAUAUAGGCACAAUAAACACGGACGACUAUGUCAUAGUAAACAAGGAAGACCUUAAUGAGUUUCCCGAGGAACAACAAAUGGGCAGCAAAACAAAAGAUGGGACGCUUGUGAUGAAAACUAUAUUUCGAAAUGGCAGUAUCUCUUACGAAGACAAAGAGAUGGUUAAAUAUGACCCGCAGUGGAUACCACCGGGAGAUUUCAUGACAAUUAUAUCUGCGCAGUUGGGAAAUGUUGCACAAGCUGAGGUGGAAUUCUACCAAAUAAAGGAGACAGGUGCUUUGCGCAUUAUAGUAAGAGAGGUUUCCAACUUGUCGGUCAUCUAUGCCAUUAUUGAGUAUUUUUACCACAUGUUGACCGGACUAAUAGACAUAGUCUAUAAUUUAUCCCCGUUCACAGUUGCUUGAAGAUAACGAAAUGGAGAGGCACCCAUUAUCUGAAAGAAGCGGGAAGAACCCAUAACCCCUUCCCCCCUUGUGUAAAUCAUCAUAUGCCAGAACCAUAUUUAUCUCUAUUUCUCUAAAGUACUUUUUACGUUCGUGAAGUCAGUCAAGUAGUACUCUGGUUGAGGGUUAGGUGACGUAAACAUAAAACAUAAUGUAUUGGGACCAUCAAAAGCUAAGGUCUAGCUGUAACAGACACCUUUAAAAAGUUUGUUUCCAGCUGAAAAUUGUUGAUUGCCUGAUUACCCUUAUUAGCUUGUGAGGUGUCUUUGUGUCUUGAUUAAAAUAAUUUAGAUGGCUUUUGGGACAAUGACCCCAGGUGAAAUGACUUGAAACUCAUGUUGAUGAGCUGGAUAAUUUUGUUUCUUCCUCUAGUUGAGCAGGUAUUGUGAUAGUUCUGGUUUGGCUUUGAUUAGAAACAUAUUUACACAGAGAGGUGAUGGAUUUGAAAUAUAUAGGGGAUUCUGAGUUUCGUUUAGUUGACCGUGAUCGUGUGUAAGCUAAGGCGCAGUAUUUUUUACUUCCCUGAUUGUUUCAGUUUUAGACUGAGUAACAGGGUCAAACCUAGAAAUGUAAUUGUAACAUUUUAUCUUUUACUACACCGUAAAUUUAUUUCAUCGCAUAUAAUGAACUGAAUUAUAAACACGUUUUGAUCGGGUGAAAGUGUUGGAGUAAAAACGCCAAGACGAUAUUACCAAGAACAAC